AUGCCCUCGAUCAACAGGAAGCGAGAGUGGGAGGACGAACGAGAUAGUGCCCGACCAAACAAGAAAAGCACUACCUCUGCCUCGAUUUCUAAACCCGCUUCCGCCUCCAACAACCCCGACCCUCCAGUGUUGAUCGGCCCCUAUGAUGGUCAUAGGAGGUACGACGAAUGGAAGGGACAGAUGUACGGCUUCCCGAGGGCUAUAUCGGGUAGUGGUGCGAUGUACCCGACCAACUACCGAAUCAACUUCAACCAUUCAGAUCCAUGGGUGUGCCCCCUCGCAAGUUGUAGGGAUUGUUUCCAACAACCUUCCCAGCUCGGAGCUCACUUUUCGAGGGCGCAUCGCAAAUUGCUUUUGUACGACGAAGCUUGUCGCGGCUUAUUCUGGGAGUUCGGAAAGCGAAUGACUCCAGAUAAAGACGGCAAGUUCCGCUCCAUUGUGGUCAAGAGGGGCUACUUCGAACCGGACAGCGAGCGUAAACGUGAUGAUGUUCGACAGCCACCGGAGAACUGGGAAUCCAAGGUCAACCCGAGGGCUGUCAAGGAUAUCAAGCUGCCCAACAUGCCGCAGCCUGCAGCAGCUCCUGUCGCCCCUUCUGCCGCUCCUUCUCCUGCCGCCCCUUUCCAGACAACGUCCACUACAGCGUCUGCAUCUAGACCUUUGGCCGGCCCGGCGCUUGCUACACCCCGCUCUGGUGCCGCCAACCCGGCAGCAGUUCGCCCGCUUCCGGCACCCAGCCCUUCUAUUGCUGCACUGCCGGCCAUUCGUCGUACAGCUCCCGGUUCCGGACUUGUUGACCGUCCCUCCGGCAACUCCAUCCAUGAGGCUAUCGACAUUAGUAGCGACGAGGAGGAUGUCAAGCCUAGCUUGGCUGAAUUGCAAAGGAAGAGCAACUCGGCGACUUCGGCUUCCCAGAGAGUCGAGGCACAGAGGGAGGCGCAAAGUUCAGGUGGCAAUGGAGCAGAGGCUCAGAAGGACCCUUUCCGAGACGAUCCCCUCCGGUUUGACGGCCCUGACGAGUCGGUGCAUGAUCGCAACGGGAGAAUGCAGGCGCCUGUAGACCGACAACCUCACGAUCCUGUCCGUCGUGUCGUCGAUCAGCGCCGCAACCUUGAGACCUCACCCAUCUGGACUUACAUGAUCAAAUAUUCUAAAAGCCCGGCACCUCUCCCAGAUGAUGCAGCGAUCUCUGAGCUACUUACCGAGCUUCCCAGACGUAGAGACCUCCCGGAGGACUGGAAAGGUCGACUCGCCGCCUUCGAUACCCUCAGCAUCAAUCAGCUCUCGGCGCUGAUCCUGUACCUUGGCGGGACCGCCCCAGCUACUAAUGGCUUUCAAUAUUGCCGGGUGAUGGAGUGUCAUCUGAGGCAGGGUGCAACCGCUUGUCCCGACCCUACUCAUAAUGGUGGACGGUGCCGUACAUGCGGGUUUACCUUUCCUCAUUGUGUCUUCCUGCCUCGCUAUCUCCUCUCCUCCGUACCCAUCGCUAAGCGGUUUGGUGUUUGGUUAUGCUGCAAUUCCUUCUACAGAAAUAUGCCCAAGUUUCCUAAUGGAGCUAUUCAGAGCUACACGGGGAAGACAAUGGCUCGCAGGAAGGAGGAUGGCAAUUCCAACAAUAUGCCGAAGGAAAAGCAAAACAAUGCCACAUCAAGCAACGAGCCAGCGCGUUCUCAUCCACAAACAUCGCCCAGGUCUUCUUCAGCACAGGUUCCUCAGAUUACUACUCCUGUUGGUUCCUCGACAACGAACUCCAUGUCCAACCUCACAAUCCACAACAGGCCCAGAGCAACCCAUCAACAACCACACAAGCAAGCCUCGGCCUCAUCCCAGAGGUUCUCAGGAAUAUUUUGUAUCCCGGAGAACACCCCUGGUCAAAUGUUCUCUCUUAAGGGCAUGGACACGAGAAUCAUCCAGUCAUCCAGAAACCAAAUUCUGAAAUGCAAGGUACUGGCAGGUGAUGGUAUCAAGUGGCAAAUCGUUGGAGGCAAGGAGUUCAGGGCUUACACGGGCUGGAUCGGUGAGUGGGAAAUUCCUCCCGACUCUCAGUGCCUCGUCAAGAAUAUCUACCCCAAGAAGUCGUUUGGCGAGAACCAGACGUGCAUUGAUGUCAAUCCCAAGAAAGGGGUGGUAAAGGCUGGUCAGGCUUAG